AUGAGCACCGAGUCAACUAUCAUAGAGGAGAGUCAAUGGAUACAAACUGUUGAGAAAUAUAUCACUGAUGAAGAACAUAGACUUUCACAGUUAAAGUCAACAAUUGAUGGACUAAAACAAUACAAUCAAUUGGCAGUCAAUGAUAGUGAUGCAUAUCUAUCACAUCCGAUAAACAUAUAUCUGCUUAUCAAACGACUGGCCACUGAAUGGCCACAAGUAGACAAACUAUUGGAUCAGCCGACACACAAUAAGCUCCGGUUACGAGUGAAUCCAAUUGAAAACAAUGAAUUGACUGAAGCGGCUAAAGGUUUACAAAAUUUGGUAAAUACUUACCAAUUGGACAUACAGUCGCUAGCAAACGGUUCGGUACGGUUCUGGUCAGUAUCGGAUGGCCGAGUGAUGACAAUCCAGCCGUCAGAUGACACACACCGGCUAACGGCUGCCGACUGUUAUCUGAUUGGAAAACAAACGUUUAUUGCGGGUGACUAUCAAAAUGCCAUUCAAUGGUUCAAUGAGACCAACAAACAGAUAUAUAAUGUCAACAUAAUGUCAGAUAAGUUGUUUGAGUCGAAAGUUGCUAAAUAUAUGGCACUGGCCUACUAUAGACUGGGAGAUUAUAAUCAAAGUGUUCACUAUAUGAAUAAAUCCAAUGAAUUAGUCGACUACCCGAGCGAUACAGAUAUACUGUUUAAUCAAUUGUUUGUUGACUUAAUCGUAAACAACAAAUCGACAGCAAAUAGCUUAUCAAACAAAACAUUAACCAAUCAAUUGUCGGAAACACGACAACAACAUUACAAUCAAUUGGACGUUCAAUCGCAACAAUUAUGUCGCGGACUAGUAGUCGACAACAAACAUAUGAAUCGGACAGUAAGGGAGUCGCGAUUGACGUGUCGUUAUUUGGAUACAACUAACCGGCCGUUACUACGGCUAACCCGUGUGAAAGUCGAACAAUUGUAUGACAAACCCGGGAUAGUAAUGUUUCACGACAUACUCGGUCCCAUUGAAUUAGCUGUACUGAAACUGUUAGCCCGGGCACAGUUAUCUAGAUUAAUGAUAGCUAAUAAUAAUAGAAAAACAGGUAUUGUUUCGGAUAUACGUUUAGCUCAGGGAUGUUGGAUAAGUGAUAGGAUUCAUCCAAUAGUUGAACGAAUCAGUAGACGUAUCGGUGCUAUAACUGGUGUUAACAUCAAUGGGUCGGAACAGUUCAAUGUAAUCAAGUAUGGCGUCGGCGGAUACUAUAGAAAUCAUUACGACGUGAAUGUAGUUAAACCAUACUAUAGUGAACAGUAUGGACUGCCUGUCAAUCGUAUGGCCACAUGGAUCAGCUACCUGAGCGAUGUCCAAGCAGGCGGUGCUACUGUUUUUCCCCGAUUGAAUCUAAGGGUUGAGCCCAAACAGGGAUCGGCAUUGUUCUGGUAUAAUCUCCGGAGUUCGGGGUUAGUCGACUGGGAUAUGUUGCACAAUGGAUGCCCGGUGCUGGUAGGCCCGGCCAAAUGGAUUGCCACCAAAUGGAUCAACUAUACGGAACAAGUAUUUCAUAAACCGUGUCUAUUGGAUAAGCAAUCGUUUAAUUUAAUUUAG